AUGGCUGGAUUAGUUUCAAGAUGGGCAGACGAUGAGUCUUUAGUUAAAAAAGCAGUUACCGAGGAUGUUAGGGAAGAAGAAGAGGAUCCAUUCAAGAAGGUAAGGGAAAGCAAAUUAACAAUGAAUGUGGCCCCAACGAACAACGAAGAUUCUGUGGGAAUAGACCAUAGAGAAGCUCCUGAAAGUGAAAAUGUUGACAAAGGAGACUCCUCUUUUAAACCAGUUCCUAAGAACAACUUAUCCAACGAAACGCAACGAUUAUUUCCGGUUGAAGAUGGAGCAGAUGAAAAAUUCGAGCAAAAUGUGAGAUCAAUACCAACUAGCUUCAAGACUCCUAAGCAUAGAAGAAGAAACAGAAGAGGACAGAAAAUGGAUACCAAUGAAACAAACACUGACUUCCAGGUAGAGAAAGAAGAUGAAGGAUCAUUCAUCCCAGUUUCCAAGAAUCGAUUAUCUAAAGAAACACAACGUCUCUUCCCCGUUGGACAGCUUCCAACACCACCAAACAGUGCGUAUAAAGAGCGGCUACCGAGGGAGCAAUCCAGGAGAUCUUCGAGAGGUAAGAAAGGUACAUUGUUACCGUCUAAAUGGGCCGAUAGGCCGAUUACAAAGGAUCAGCUGCCAACUCCUCCAUCUACGGGUAAAUCGUAUCAUCGCAACGAACAUGGACGCCAACCUGACGAAAAAUUACCUCAUAGAGGAGGAGGGAAUUCAAAAUCAAGUACCGGAACAAGAGGGAAAACAAGGGCCAGAGGAGGUAGAGCUAGUGAAAUACUAAGGGAGGAGAAAAAUGGAGGCAGAAUUAGAAGAGAUAGGCAAGAAUAUAAUUCCGGCGAGCAGACGCAUGCAAAGGAUGACAGGAGAGGACACCAAUCGAAACAACCUCAAAAACUGGCCGCAAACAAUUUAGACUUUGAUAAAGAACUCAAAGAGCUCAUGCAGAAGUUCGAUACUAAGUCAAGCUGGGCCGACGAUCUCGAUAUAUAG